AUGUCCAACAGCAGCUCCAUCACUGAGUUCCUCCUCCUGGCAUUUGCAGACACGCGGGAGCUGCAGCUCCUGCACUUCUGGCUCUUCCUGGGCAUCUACCUGGCUGCCCUCCUGGGCAACGGCCUCAUCAUCACUGCCAUAGCCUGCGACCACCGCCUCCACACCCCCAUGUACUUCUUCCUCCUCAACCUCUCCCUCCUUGACCUGGGCUCCAUCUCCACCACCGUCCCCAAAUCUAUGGCCAAUUCCCUCUGGGAUAUGAGGGAUAUUUCUUACUGUGGAUGUGCUACCCAGGUCUUUUGGUUUCUCUUCUUUGUUUCUUCAGAAUAUUAUCUUCUUACUGUCAUGGCCUAUGACCGCUAUGUAGCCAUCUGCAAACCCCUGCACUAUGUAACCCUCAUGGACAGCCGAGCUUGCGUCAAAAUGGCAGGAGCUGCCUGGGGUGGUGGUUUCCUCAAUGCGGUGCUGCACACUGGAAGCACAUUUUCAAUUCCAUUCUGCCAAGGCAAUGCUGUGGAUCAGUUCUUCUGUGAAAUCCCCCAGCUCCUCAAGCUCUCCUGCUCAGACUCCUAUGUCAGGAAAGCUGGGUUUACUGUGGUUAGUCUUUGUGUAGCUUGUGGGUGUUUUGUUUUCAUUGUUCUGUCCUAUGUGCAGAUCUUCAUGGCUGUGCUGAAGAUCCCUUCUGCGCAGGGACGGCACAAAGCCUUUUGCACGUGCCUCCCUCACCUGGCCGUGGUCUCUCUGUUUGCCAGCUCUGCCAUGUUUGCCUACCUGAAGCCCCACUCCAUCUCAUCUCCAGCUCUGAAUCUGGUGGUGGCUGUUCUGUACGCGGUGGUGCCUCCAGCGGUGAACCCCCUCAUCUACAGCAUGAGGAACCAGGAGCUCAAAGAUGCGCUACAGAGACUGAUCCACUGUCUGCUGUUGCAGCAGGGAUAA